ACUAUGGCAGCUCUUGAAUGCAUCUCAUCCUCUCCAUGCGCACCUCCCUGUUGUUACUAAGCAAACCGCACAGAAGAUUGACAGCAACUUCACUCGAUCCAUUCCUAACUUUGUUGUGGGGAGAAAAGCUGCAUUUGUAAGUUUUUAAACACACAGGUGAAGGAGAGUAACAGAACCAGCGGAGCUGGCACCUUUAGUCUGAGUAAGGUGAUAUCUAGCCCUUUUUUCGCUUUCACUUUCUCCCAUGACAACGACCCCCCUCAGCUCAUUAAUUUCUCAUUAGCUUGGUUAAUUAAACGUCAACUUAACGUUGGCUGACAGAGCGACAUCCGGAGAUGAGUGAAGGACAGUCCGUCAUUUUACAGUAAAUACCCCAACUGGAAGAGUUUGUGACAUGCCAGACGUUGAACCCCGCACAUUACCAUCCAGGGAAGGACUAACUAAUCAACAAGAUCAAGCGGACCUUCAAGCUGUCUGCUCUGGUAGACGUCAGGCCUGUGCUUUGCUCAACAGUCCCUCACCAUGUGUCAACAGUGCUUUCUGCCAUAUCCAAGACAUGAGGAGUCUAAUAGAAAACUGGUUUCAGAAGCCCAGAAAAUAUCAACCAGAGAUUGAUCCAGAUAAGCCAACUCUAAGAUUUCAAUUGAGAGACUUGGAUUCUGACUCCACAGACUUGCAUGUUAAAGGCAUAGCCAUUAGUGCAAGAGAAGGUUAUCAAAGACUGCCUCUUGAGAAAAAAAUAAACGAUGUCCUCUCUGACGUUGUGGAUCUGGUUGAGCGUUUGGAGGCUGAUCGGCAGUUUGCAGAGGAAGCUCUGCAGAAAGAGAAGAGAAUAAGAGAAACCUUAGAGAGCAAAGUUGACAGUAUUUCACUGUGGAAGCUAAUCGAGCACCCCUCGAUUGUUCAGAAAGAGCACGACGCUUGCAGCAGAGACAUUGCAGAGUUGAAGUGGCAGCUUAAACUGGAAAAACAGAAAGUUGACCAGGUCCAGGAGAAAUUGUUGCAGGCUGAGGUGCUGAACCGGAAAUUACAGGAAGACGUCGACUUUGCCAGAAACCAAAUUCCCAUUGUGAGAGAAAAUCUGGACCACCAGAAAGAAAUUCUAUAUCAGAUUGAUACUGCCCAAGCUGAGGCUGAUGACAUGUACUCAAAAACAGAAAGCCAUCUCCUCCAGGCUCAAAUAGAGUUAAAAAAGAUGGAAGCUGAAGCCAAGAAAGAAAGGACAUCCUUGGCCCUCAAACAGCUGGAAAUAGAAUGUCAGCUUGCCGAAACAUUGCAAGAUUUUAACCUGCUGGAGUUGGCUGAGAAAGGUCUGCUUGUUGAGAUCAAGGAAACAGAGGAAGCUAUUAUUCGUACAGAAAAUAAGUGCACGCACAUAAUUCAGCGAAUGCCUGAAAUUGCUGAGUUUGACAGAAUUGAAAAAGACAUGAUUUUCAAACUCAAUCUUGAAAUUGAGAAUAACAUGCAAAAAUGUCGAAAACUGAAAGAAAAACUAACGUCAGAGCAAGAAGAGAUAGAUAGAAAGAAACCCAUGUGGGAAGCAGAAGUUUCUUUCACAGAGGCACAGUUUCAAUCAAAACAUGAAGCAUUUGCAGCUCUAUGUAAAGAAAAUCAGGAGUUUGAACAGAAGGUGGAAGACUAUAAGAUGAAAAUUUGUGAGAGCGAGAAAGCAGUGAAGUGGAUGCGUGAGGAGAGGAAGCAGAUGCUCCAGAAAAUCACUGACAAUGACGAGCAGUGGGAAAAAGCCAAGGAGGAAGUGACCCAGGUUGUAGACCAGCAUAGUGUCAUCCAGGCUAAGCUGGAAGAGCAGGAGAAGCUCAACUUCAUGGAAGAACAGACGGCUACGACAAAUAUUGACCAUUUGAAAAAAGACCUGAUUACCAACAUGACUGCUCUAGAAGUGCUAAAGGCUCAAAGUGCAAAUGUCAAUGUUGAACUAAAGAAACAGCAAAGAAGUUCAGAGCUAACCAACCGACAGCUGCAGAAAGAAUUUGAUGAAUCAUCCUCUGCAACACAAGUUCUGGAGGCUAAAUUUAAGAGAAUGAAAGAGCUGACAGAAAAUUUAGAAAACAUGUUGUGUGAACAAAAGAAGACAUUAGUCAGCCUAAAGAAGGAGAACAACCUGAAAUGGGACCAGCUUAAGGCCGCUCAGGACUUACAUUGUUCCACCCUACAGAGAACUGACAAUGCUCUUGCUAGGACUACUCUCCUUAAAAAUGAAAGUGAAGAGUACCAGAAGGCUUCUGACGAAAUAGAAAAAAAUGUUGAAAUCGUUCUAGAAGUUAUAGCAGAGUUUGAGAAAGAUUUUCAUGUGUUGGAGUUCAAAAACAAGUCAGCUGCUCUCAUUAUGAGCACCUUGCAGUCUGAUAUUCAUAAUUGGCAGCAACGAACACAGCAAUUCAUGAGGACACGCAUGACUCAUCUUAAAGCAAGAAAAGAACUAAUGGAAGAAAUCAAGGAAGCCCUGAAGGCUGCACAUAUUGAAAACAAACAACUAGCAAGCAACUAUGAAGUCCUUAAGAAGACCCUCUUGGAAGCCAAACAGGAGUCAGUAUCUGCCCUGAAUGAUAAAAACCAAGCACAUAACACGUAUAGCUAUUACACAGAGCUCUCUUUGUUGCAGAAGAGGAUGCACAAGGUUUGGGUAAAAUACUUAGAACAACGCAACCUCCGGAGCCUGGCUGAACUGGACUGGUGCCAGGCUCUCUUCCAACAAAUCGCCCAGGAAAUAAAAACUGCCCAGGGAAAGUUGUUGGAAGAAAUUCAGCUCAUCUCAGCAUUCCUGCAGUCCCAAAGAGACCAUUCUACCACCACCAAAAAUGCUGGAAAGAACAAACAAACCAGUCCAGAUGCGGUCAGAGUGAAUGAGUGAAUGAUGCCUCCAGUUCAAGUAGCAGUGUAAUUGGACAUUCACCUGUACCAGACAACUUACUUACCCUACCAUGCUUCACUAUCUCCCCCCUCUUCACUUGCAGCAAAUCCAUAACAAUGAAACAGGUGACUUUCAUGCUGCUGUCAGGACUGAUCUAAUUUUAGCUGGGUGAAUGAUUGCAAUUGGCUUUGCCUCAUCAGAUAAUUAAUCUAUGUCACCAUUAAUUGGAAAAGAGAAUAAUUACAGGCAGUGUUGACAGAAAUUCUACGCUUCUUCAGAUUUCAUGAUCUAAUUACAACUAGUGAAACCCUGUGACCUUAAGUAGCACUUAGUACACUUUGGCCACUUUGACGACGUCCAUGUGGAGACCACCGUCUUGAGGAAAGUAUCCUGUUUUUGUUUCGGCACCCUGCUCUCCUCUAACAUCUUUACCCACUGAAAGCUGUCUCCCUCAAUCACUUUUCAAUAUUCAAUCUUAAUUUUGUGGAAGUUUAGCAUUUUCAAUGAGCUGGAGAUGAAUGAUUAAUGAAUAAAUUUAAAUGCUUCA